UUUCUUUCACCCAAUUUUCCAUAUAAAUAUCCUAUUUCUCGCGCGAAACGAAACGAGUGAUCUCCUUUCUUUGGCAAACGCAACGUUUUAACAUCCAUACAGCGUAACGUUUAACGUUAAAACAUAUGUUCCGUCGAUGCGAGAAAAAUUUUUGGGAUGGAACGUACCGCCGGAGUAUUCGGAUCUUGUGCAUCCCCAUUGGAGAGCAUUCCCAGCACCUGGGAAACAUUUUCACAUCGGACUCGCGCUCAUCUAUUCGAUGCUGCUAGUAAUGUCUCUCGUAGGCAAUUGUUGCGUCAUAUGGAUAUUCAGCACAUCAAAAUCACUGAGGACCCCUUCGAACAUGUUCAUAGUUAGCCUGGCGAUAUUCGAUAUAAUAAUGGCUUUUGAAAUGCCGAUGCUUGUGAUAAACAGUUUUAUAGAACGUAUGAUUGGCUGGGAAAUCGGAUGCGAUGUCUAUUCGGUGUUUGGAUCGAUUUCUGGCAUGGGACAAGCUAUUACCAAUGCUGCCAUCGCAUUUGACCGUUACAGAACCAUUUCCUGUCCGAUCGAUGGACGACUCAACUCGAAACAAGCCGCGAUAAUCAUCGCUUUCACGUGGUUUUGGGUGACACCGUUCACUGUUUUACCAUUACUAAAAGUUUGGGGCCGAUACACUACCGAGGGCUUUCUCACCACUUGUUCGUUCGAUUUUCUUACGGACGACGAGGAUACGAAAGUCUUCGUCACAUGUAUCUUCAUUUGGUCUUACGUGAUUCCUCUCAUUUUUAUCAUAUUAUUUUAUUCUCGAUUGCUCAACUCUAUUCGCAAUCACGAAAAAAUGCUACGAGAGCAGGCAAAGAAAAUGAACGUGAAGUCAUUAGUAUCGAAUCAAGACAAGGAAAGAAGCGCCGAAGUGAGAAUCGCAAAAGUAGCAUUUACCAUCUUUUUCCUUUUCCUUCUAGCUUGGACACCGUACGCAACCGUUGCUUUGAUAGGGGUAUAUGGCAAUCGGGAACUUUUAACGCCUGUAUCUACGAUGUUACCUGCUGUAUUCGCCAAAACAGUAUCUUGUAUCGAUCCAUGGAUUUACGCGAUCAAUCAUCCGAGGUAUCGACAAGAAUUACAAAAACGAUGCAAAUGGAUGGGCAUUCACGAGCCGGAAACGACUUCUGACGCUACGUCCGCCCAAACUGAGAAAAUCAAAACAGACGAAUAAAUCGAACGUUCUAAACUUUGAUGCGCUUAUAUAGGCUGUUUUUUCGGUAUUUGAUCGAGGUCGCAUCUAAAGGAACAAGUGCAACCUUGAUUUUGCGUUUUUUUGAUUUUAACUCUUAUAUCAAUAAAUAUGUAAAAUUUAACAUUUUAUGUAAUUAUGGAUAUGAAAUUGUAUAAAAAUACAAUCGUAGCGAUCCGUGCACGGAUAAUAACGAUUGUACUCUUAUUAUUAAAGCAUUAUUAAAGAGCAAAA